UCGCCGGGCAGUAGCUUAGACUCUACCUACAAGACAACAUCGCACCACCCAAUGUUUCCCAAUUAUUCGCAAAUUUAAAAAGGGUGAUAUAGUUUUGUCGCACGUUAUUUAAUAAGCUAGCGUGUGUGCUGUGUGAGUGUGUGUGUGAGUGUAAAUGUAAGACGUGAUAUUUAAAAAGUGAUAGAAUGAUCAUAAUUGAUUGUUAAGCAAACGGAUAAGUCUUGCAAGCCGGGCUCCAAACGCACGGCUACGUAGAGUCGCUCAGUGAAUAAAAUAUCAAGGGAAAAUUAAUUUUUUAUUUUAUAAAGUUUCAUUAUUAUUAUCAUCAUUGUUGUUCACCAUUACUCGGCUGUAAAACGGCGGUUUGUCGAUAAAGAAAGUGAUUGAGGUUUUUUUAUUUAUUGAGUUGAUUAAUAUAAGAUUUGUUGAGACUUUUUUGUUUUUUUUAUACUUUUUAAUUUAGAAGUAAAAUUUUCUAUUCGAACUGGAUUGGCGUACAUACGCGCAAGGUGGAGGAACACGAAGUAGAAACGAUCAAGAGAAUUUAGUUGAGAAGUUGGCGGAGGAGGAACACGGAACGACCAACGACACCGUGGUGAGCGCGGUGGAAAUUUAUUUAAGAGAAGAGUUGAGAAUAAAUUUAAAUAAUAAUAAUUAAUAUUAUUAUUAUUAUUAUUAUUAUUAUGAGUAAUAAUUUAUAAAUAUUAAUUGGGAACUCAGCUUUUAUUAUUGAACGCACUGAAAUAAUUAAUAGUUAAUAGUAGAAAAAAUAAAAUAAUAAAUUGUAAAUUAUUUAUUAAAAAACUGACAUAUUAUAUUUUUGUAAAUCAACAGAAGCGUUGGAGAGAUUACUCGCUAGUGAUCCUCAGUGUAUUACCGUGGUAAAAAAAGCUCAGAUGAAUUUUUAGUGUCUAGUGAUAAUUUUAGUGAGUGAAAAAUAUUAACGAGUGUGUAAGAGGAAGAUAAACUAUAAAGAACACAGAAAAAGUAUAUACGAGAAGAAUUCUGAGAGACACACCCUCAGUCUUAGCUUCCUCUCUUUUUUUUCCUUCCUUAUCGCUUGAUAUCUACAUUCUUCCUCUCAAUUCGACUAGUAAUAAUUAUUAUUAAAAAGGCGAAUAAUUAAAAGUUAAAAUUAACGUGUGAUAAAUUGAGAGGAUAAAAAAAAAGAGCUUCCCGUAUCAAGAUUUUAAUUCAAAGUGUUCUCACCGGGGAAAUAGUGCGCGUGUGGCUUGCUUGUAUGUGAAGUGCACCCGUGUUUUACAUCCCCACUACUUUUUCUAAAUAAUCGUCGCAACGUCGUCGCGAUCGUCACCGACGUACCGUCGGCAAGUUUGUGCACCCUCAAGUGAACCAGCUGCGUUAUUAAAACCACAACCAAAAUGUCCGUGAGAAUGGAAAAUGUCGCGGCGCCGAGAAAACUUAACUAUAAGAUGAUGGGUACAAACGGACCUCGGCCAACAUACGCAGGCGCGAACAACGGCAGCGCAGGGAAUGCUGGAGCCGGUGUGGGCGUAGGACCAACUGCUGGAGGACACGGACUAAAAAGUGGUGCGGGAGGUGCUCCCCGCGGAGGUAAUCCUGUGCAAUACCGGGCAAGUGCCGGUGCUUGGGGUGCUACACCGUCCCACGCGGCUGCUGCCGCGGCGUAUCCACCGUACACGAGGUACCCGACCGCGGCCGCGCAGAUGCCGGUUGGAGCCCAACAACUACCGCCAACCGCGAAUCCCUACGCUGCGACUGCUUACGCGCAACAUGCUUCAUAUGGAGGACAAAGAGUGCCAACAGCAUCUUCGCCAGCUAAUACGAGUAGUAGCUCCAGCAGUGCAACUGGUAGUCAAAGUGGGACAAUCAGUACAAACUUGAGUAAUAACGCAAUGCAAGGCCAACAACCGGAGCAGCUGUCUAAAACAAAUUUGUACAUCCGUGGUCUCAACCAAAACACAACUGACAAAGAUCUUGUUAAUAUGUGUUCUCAAUACGGAACUAUAACUUCUACAAAAGCGAUCCUGGAUAAAAACACAAAUAAAUGUAAAGGUUAUGGCUUUGUAGACUUUGAAUCACCGGUGGCGGCUGAGGGUGCUGUGAAAGCACUGGUCGCCAAGGGCAUCCAAGCACAGAUGGCGAAAGUGGGUAUCUGGUUGCAUCGUAGACUGGCCAGUGUACGUUGGUUGUGCAUGCAAAUUGAAGUAAAUUGUCGUAAACAACAGGAGCAGGACCCUACUAAUCUUUAUAUUGCAAAUUUACCACUAAACUUCAAGGAGAAUGAUGUUGAAGGACUGCUUGCACAACACGGACAAGUCAUAUCUACACGGAUAUUACGCGAUACCCUUGGACAGAGUAAAGGAGUCGGUUUCGCUCGGAUGGAAUCAAAAGAAAAAUGCGAACAAAUAAUCCAAAUGUUCAAUGGUAAAGCUUUACAAGGAGCAAAGGAUCCGCUUUUGGUAAAAUUCGCUGAUGGUGGUAAUAAAAAGAAACCGUACAAAAGUUCAAUAUGGCGAGAAACAGGAGAUAAUAUAACACUAAAUUACGACACGAGUGGAGUAGGUCAGAACGGAGUACCAACGGCACACAUGCUUCCAGCAGCUACUCUCGCUCAAUACAGUCGCCAUUAUGGACAAGCAGUGCCUGGUUAUACUGUUCCAGGAACACCUUGGGUUACUCCUUACGUUUUACAAACCGGACCUCCACAUAUGCAACAGGUUGACAUGAUGCCUUCAGCGGAUCCUAGCAAUCCACAAUACAGCAUGAUUCCUCAACUAACCACUCAAAUGUCAACACUACAUCUUGGAACUGGCUCUUACAUCGCAGCAAGCCCGCACCCGUAUCCUUAUUCUUACCCUCCCAGCAUUAUUCACACCAUGCCUUUGGGUGAAUCCGAGCAAACGAGCAACGCGGCGUCACCAGAUGAAUCUUAUCAGCAGUACCAAGCUCAGCAGCCCAAGUACGAAUAUUUCGAAGGUUACAUAAGUUAGGGCAACGUAAGAAGAGUAUAGAGAAAUUAAGAAAAUAAAUAAUAAAAAUAAAAAUGAAGAGGAAGAUUAUGUAAAGAGAGGAACAAUGAGGUGAUGUAAAGCAUUAAAUUUGUGAGCAUACAAAUUUAAAAAAAUUUAUUAUUGAAAUAAUCAUACUUAAGUUUAAAAAAUUAAUUAAUAAAUAAUUUGAAUAAUACUAAUAUAUUGAAGGUAAAUAAAAUUUUUUUUUUUUUCAUCAUUAAAUUUAAAAAAAUUCUUCCUCAUGAUUUUAAAAACUGACAAUUGAUGAAAUGGUGGAGCAGGGUGGACAAAGUAGAUGAACAAAACUUAAAUAUU